AUUUCCCCUGUCAUUGUAUGUUUGGAGGUUGCAUAGAGCUCCUGCAAACAGGUUCUGAAUGACUUACAUGCUGAAAGGACUGGUGCAGAGUCAGAGAUGAGAGUGUGGAAGGGCUUGGCCUUCCUGGUGCUAUAUGUGGCUCCCCUCAAUGCUUGGUUUUGGCAAUCCGAUCCACCUAUUACAGAUCCCUCACAGGUGGAAAAAGAGGGUAGUACCAGUGGGAAAGCCUUGAAGGAACAGAACAUUUCUGAAGUUGGAGCAGAAAUCCUCAAUGUUGCUGAUGGAAUUCGGACAUUUGUGAAGAACUGGGAUCAGGACCCGACUGUUAAUGCAACCACAGUUGCCACAGAGACCACAGCUGGAGUUCCUACGACGCAGAGCAAUAUCAGCACGGAGGAAUAUGGAGUGUCUCUGCUGCAGUUAAUUGGAAGCCCACCACCCAAAGACAUCAUGCUUGUAGAUGAUCCUGAUGGAAACCCCGCUUAUCUGUUCGGAGAAGAAUCCAGAGCUGGACAGCUUGCGCGAACUCACCUGCCCAGCCCCUUCUACCGGGACUUCUCCCUGAUCUUCCAGCUGAAGCCCACAUCACAAGACGCGGGGGUCAUCUUUGCCAUCACGGACUCUGGCCGCAAGCUCAUGUAUGUGGGGGUGAAGUUGUCUGCUGUUGAGGGCAGCACCAGGAAGGUUAAGUUCUACUACACUGAACCAGGUGCAGAUCAAUCAGUAGAGGUGGCCAGCUUUGAUGUACCCUAUAAGCCUGAUGAGUGGAGUCGCUUCUCCUUAGCUGUAAACCUCAACCAGGUAUCUUUCUAUGAGGAUUGUAGCUCAGAACCCAAAGUGGUGACCUUCGAGCGCUCCCCAGAUGACAUGGACCUGGAUAGAGGCACUGGAAUCUUUGUUGGACAUGGUGGAAGUGCUGAUCCAGACAAGUACAAGGGCAUAAUCUCAAAACUGAGGAUUGUGGGAAACUCAAGGGCAGCUGAACGCCGUUGUCAUGGACCUGAAGAUGACGAUGAGGAUUAUAGUUCAGGGAGUGGGAGUGGGAUGCACCCAGAUACAGAUAGAACUACAGAGCCUCCCUUCAUGCUUCCGCCUUUGCCCUUACCUUCGGUUUCCACAUCCGGAAAAUCCCAGCUGGACACAGAUGAAUUUGUGGAACGAACAAGUGAGAUCACUUACACCAAAGGAGACCAGGAUACCCAGAGCUCAGAGGACAAGGAUAACCAGACCUCAGUGGACAAGGAUAACCAGAUCUCAGUGGACAAGGAUAACCAGACCUCAGUGGACAAGGAUAACCAGAUCUCAGGGGACAAGGAUAACCAGACCUCAGUGGACAAGGAUCCCCAGAGCUCAGAGGACAAGGAUACCCAGACCUCAGUGGACAAGGAUACCCAGACCUCAGUGGACAAGUAUAACCAGACCUCAGUGGAACCCACACAAGAUCCUAGAGGUGUCAAAGGAGUCAAGGGAGAUAGAGGAGAAAAGGGAGACCAGGGAUUCAUGGGCCCAGCAGGGCCAAAGGGUGACUCUGGACCUCCAGAUAUAUCAGUUACAUCUCAGGACGGAAUCCGCGGAGUAAAGGGUGAAAAAGGAGACAAAGGAAUGAAGGGUAGUCCUGGCUCAGGUUAUCCAGGUCCUAAAGGUGAUCGUGGGCCUGCUGGUCUGCCAGGACCACCUGGUCCUCCAGGUCCAGCUGCAGAGUUGAUCCACGUCGAGGAAGGAAAAGUUCUUGACAGGGUGGUGGGACCAAUGGGCCCACAGGGACUGCCAGGCCUUCCAGGUCCACCAGGGCCUCCUGGGCCUGAGGGGGAUACAGGGGAACCAGGAAAAGAAGGCAAAUUGGGUCCUGAAGGGCCUCGUGGCUUUCCAGGAGUACCUGGUAGCCCAGGAGCUAACGGCCAGAAGGGAGAGAAAGGUGAAGGGAAGCCAGGUCCCAGGGGCAAUCCUGGGCCUCCAGGACCACCUGGACCUUCAAGCAAAGACUGGGCAACCUUUGAGGACAUGGAGGGUUCUGGAUUCCAUGAUGUGGAGAAGAGGCGGGGGCUUCGUGGUCCUCCUGGUCCACCAGGACCCCCUGGGCCUCCAGGGCCUUCAUGGCCUUCAAGGCCAAAUAUCACAGAAGAAAUUGGAGGAGUAGUAGGAUUUGGCCCCCCUGGGCCUCCCGGACAGGACGGGGCCCGAGGACAGGCUGGGCCACCUGGUCGACCUGGAAUACCUGGUCUGCCAGGGCCACCAGGACCCCCUGGCCAGAAGGGUGACUGUGGUGAACUGGGGCUUCUUGGGGCAGUUGGGGAGAAGCAAGACUCCUCCUUUUCCUCUUUUCUCUCCUGGCUCAGUAAACCCUGGGGAACUAGUGAGGGUGCAGAGGGCACAACAGGACAACCAGGUGUCCCAGGACAGGUAGGCUGGGCUGGACUGCCUGGACCUAUGGGUCCUAUGGGACCACAGGGGCCUUCAGGACCUCCUGGACCUCCUGGACCCCCUGGACCAGUCAUCACAAUCGACAGUAAAGGAAACAUAUCAGAAGUUCCUCUUCAGUAUAUUCCAGGAGUAAUGGGGCCACCGGGUCCGCAGGGACCACAAGGAAUUCCUGGAUUGCCGGGCAAGACAGGUUUGCCUGGAAUUGCAGGGCAGAAAGGCAGUGAAGGCCUGAGGGGACGGGAUGGAAGUCCUGGACUUGAUGGUUUCCGUGGACUAGAGGGUCCAAAGGGUGAAAGAGGGAACAAAGGCGACAGAGGUGAACCGGGACAACCUGGGGGUCUACCAGGGCCCCCAGGACCUCCUGGCCCUCCAGGAUCAGUGGUCUACGUUUCAAGCACUGAUGGCAAAGUACAUGGAGCACCUGGACCAAAGGGCGAGUGUUGUAUUCCUGGGCAUCCAGGAUUCCCGGGUCCAGUGGGACCUAAAGGUGAUUCGGGGCCACCAGGGCUACCAGGAACAUCCAUUAAAGGUCAGAAGGGUGAACCUGGCCUGGUCAUCAGUGGAGAAGGAUCUCCCAUCUACCCUGGUGGACACGCUGGCACACAUGGUGAGCUAGGACUUCCAGGGCCAGUGGGACCACCAGGUCCACAAGGGCCUCCAGGGCCCAAAGGAGAAAUAGGACUCCCAGGAAGGCCAGGUCGUGCGGGUGUGAAUGGGAGAAAAGGGGAAAAGGGAGAUUCAGGAGGUUUAGGGCAAGGUGGAUAUGGAUAUGGUUAUCCGGGACCUCCUGGACCGCCAGGCCCCCCUGGACCUCCUGGACCUAUAUCAUCUGUAGACAGGGGCAGCCCCAGCUUUUACUACGCCAAAGGAGAAAAGGGAGACCGAGGAGCCUCAGGCAUUCCUGGUUUGCCAGGUCUCACUGGCAACUUUGAUAUUUAUGCACUGAAGAAUGAACUAAGGGGUGAACAAGGCACUAAGGGAGAGAAGGGAGAACCAGGAGGUGGCUACUACGAUCAUCGUUAUGGUGGAGGACAGGGUCAAACUGGAAGGCCAGGACCUCCGGGCCCAAGAGGAGAAUCUGUUGUUGGGCCUCCAGGGCCUCCAGGACCUCCUGGAAUUGGCUAUCCUGGUCGACAAGGAAAUCCCGGUGCACCAGGGCUGCCAGGACCACCAGGACCACCAGGAUCAACAGGACCAGCAUUACCAGGGGCACACAGACCCUCACAAACCAUCAGUGUCCCUGGACCACCUGGACCUCCUGGGCCCCCUGGAAUUCCUGGACAAUCAUCUGGAGUGAUGGUUCUGAGAUCUUUUGACACAAUGGCUGCCGCGACUCGACAGCAUCCAGAAGGCACACUGGUGUACGUCAUAGACAACACAGACUUCUAUGUCAGAGUGCGGGACGGCGUCCGGAAAAUCAUGCUGGGAGAAUAUACACCGUUUCCAAAACACUUGGACAGUGAUGUAGCAGCAGUGGAGCCCCCUCCUGUGGUGGUGUACUCUUCAGAGUCCCAUGUGACAGACCCCAGAGUUCCCACACUGUCUGAAGUAUCUAAGACAGCACAGCCUGAUACUGAACACCAACCUCCGUAUGACCCACGCUACACUACUGUCCCUAAAUACUCACCACCAACUGCUCCACGCUACUCAGAACCGGAUCCCAGACACCAUCCCCACCAGCCUGACAGCAGAGACCCACAUCACUCAGGGUCCGAGUACCAUGUUACAUCAGUGCGCAGGCCCCGCCCACCAGAACCCCACCGUCCUGCCCACACACACACCUCCGGUCCUGCGUUGCACCUAAUUGCCCUCAACUCACCUAAAGAGGGUGAUAUUCAGGGUAUUAGAGGAGUGGACCAUCAGUGCUUUCUCCAGGCUCAAGCUAUUGGACUCAAAGGCACAUUCAGAGCCUUCCUUUCAUCACGACUCCAGGACCUGUACAGUAUAGUGCGCAAAAGUGACCGGGAUCAGAUUCCUAUUGUUAACCUAAAAGAUGAGGAGUUAUUCAGCAACUGGGAGUCCAUUUUCCGUGAUGAGGGGAAAAUGAGAGAAAACGUACGCGUCUACUCAUUUGAUGGCAGAGAUGUCCUCAAUGACGACGCGUGGCCAGAAAAGAUGGUGUGGCAUGGUUCGAGCACUGCAGGACAGCGGCAGACAGACAGCUACUGUGAAACAUGGCGUACCAACAACCAUGCAGUUACAGGCUUGGCCUCCUCCCUCCAGGACGGCCUCCUCCUGCAGCAGGCGGCACGCAGCUGCUCCAGAUCCUCUAUCGUGCUGUGUAUUGAAAACAGCUACAUCGCCAAGUGAGGCCAUGUUUGUCUUAGAUCAGUUUUCACAGCUGUCUCAGAAGAAAAAUGGGGGGAAUAUAAACAAUCACACUAGAACACAGUAGACACUAGAAGACAGUGUUGAAAGGCAUCGUAUUCUGACGUCCACAGUCGAUUAAAAACUAAAAUUGGAACAGUGAAAAUGAAAUUUGUAGUGUAUACUCCAGCACUUUGGAUUAAAGAUGAAAUAUGAA